AGAUUCGGAGGACAAAGCGAGCUGUUAGGGAGUAUUUAGGAGUGGAUUUGGGGGCUGAAUGCAGAUCUUGGUAUUGGGAGGGUUUGCAUCACGUGGCAGGUGCGAGCCCAGAGAGACCGGCGCAGGGAUCCUGAUCUUGAAAGAUUGGGAGAGGGCAGGAGGCCAGUCUCUAUGGGGGCGGUUCCCGUAGGAUCACCAGUUGCAGGUUCCGAUCUUUGGGUACUCCAGGAGCUGUUCUAUAGCCCCUGCUUCUGGACCUAUGGAUUCUCCAUCUAGCGUUUCUUCCUAUUCCUCCUACUCUCUCUCUUCGUCUUUUCCCACCUCCCCAGUGAACAGUGACUUUGGCUUCCCCUCUGAUAGUGAGAGGGAGGACAAGGGGGCCCAUGGGCCCAGGCCAGACACUGUUGGGCAGAGGGGAGGUUCACGGCCCAGCCCGGGUCCUAUCCGCUGCAGGCAUCGAUCGAAGGUUUCCGGUAACCAGCAUACACCAUCUCAUCCGGAACAGCGGGGUUCGGCUUCUCCUAUGGCAGGAUCUGGGGCGAAAAGAUCAAGAGAUGGUGAACUGGAGACCAGUCUAAACACCCAAGGUUGUACCACAGAGGGAGACCUGCUGUUUGCCCAGAAGUGUAAAGAACUCCAAGGAUUUAUACCUCCUCUCACAGACCUCCUCAAUGGGCUGAAGAUGGGUCGUUUUGAGAGAGGAUUAAGCAGUUUUCAGCAGAGUGUGGCAAUGGACAGGAUCCAGCGUAUUGUAGGUGUUUUGCAGAAGCCACAGAUGGGGGAACGUUACCUAGGAACCUUGCUACAGGUAGAAGGGAUGUUAAAGACUUGGUUUCCACAAAUAGCUGCCCAGAAGUCAUCAUUGGGUGGUGGCAAGCAUCAGCUGACCAAGCAUUUUCCAAGCCACCACAGUGAUUCAGCUGCUUCCUCUCCUGCAUCUCCUAUGGAAAAGAUGGACCAGACACAGCUAGGACGUCUAGCUUUAAAACCAAAGCAGCCUUGGCACUUCACACAAUGGCCAGCUAUGAACCUCACCUGGAUCCACACCACUCCAAUUUGCAACCCCCCUCUCAGCUCCCCAGGUACUAUCUCCUUUAGCCAUGGUCCUUUAGGCACUGGAACCGGCAUUGGCGUCAUUCUUUUUCUCCAGCAUGGAGUGCAACCCUUCACCCACUCUGCCCCAACCACCCCAGUCCCACCUACUACAGCAUCUCCUGUCAUCCCUGGUGAGCCUAUGAAACUAUCUGGAGAGGGUCCUCGGUGCUACAGUUUGCCAGUAACUCUGCCAUCAGACUGGAGCUAUACCCUAUCCCCUCCCAGUCUACCCACCUUGGCCAGAAAGAUGACCAUAGGACACCGGGAGCAGCAGAGAAGCCAUCCUCCAGUUGCUGCUGAUGCUCAUCUUCUCAACCUCUAGCCCAGGGCAUACAGCUGUCCAUUGUGACUUCUAAUUUGUGUAAAUAUUUACGUAUAUAUGUAUUUUUACUAUUAAUGUGUGCAUUUGUGUUGAGGGAAGAUAAAUCCUUUCUGAUUAAAGAAAUUUUUUUAUACCUAAA